AUGCAAAAUGGUUUCAGUGAUGAUUUAAAUGAACUAGAAAUUUCAUCAGUAAACGUUGAACCACUUAAUAACCGAGAAAAAUUAGGGCGCCCAGUUUACAAAAAUCUCUUUCCCGACUUCAAAGAGCGAACUGCAUGUCUUCAUCGAGACCUUAUUUCCGAUUGGAUAUCCCUUCUUUUGGCUGAAAACCGUGAACGGGUUGAAAACGUUGAUGAUACGUUUAAAUGUUUUGUGAAUCCCAAAAGUGUGGAGUAUCUGUUUACUGUUUGUUUGCGGUUACAACUUCCACCGGAUGUUAAAUAUAUUGCCUUGGAAAUUUAUAACAAAUUUAUGACUCUCCAUACAACUUCCCUAUAUGAAGCAAUUAAUUCUCAAAAGAGUUUAUCAGUCACGCAAAAGGAGGAAAAAUGGGAACAAAUAUUUACAACAGUUUCAAGACAAGUAGCAUUGAGAAUACUUUCUUCUGUUCAAAUAGCCUCUAAACUUCACAGCUACAGCAUGGGUCUAACAAUUGACAGAGUACGUUAUUGUCUUCAAUUACUAGGCUAUGCUUAUACUGAACAGUCUAUACGAAAAUCAGAAAUACGCGUUUUGAUGGCCAUUGGAUGGUGUGCGAAUGUUAUGCAAACGCCUGUUACUUAUAUUGAAACUUUUCUUCACACAAUUUAUCGUCUCAAUUGUCAUCUAGAAAUGAACACUCGUGCUUUGUGGGAUUAUUCUUUACUCAUUAUGGAUUGUAUAUUUCUGCAUUCAGAAGAGUUUUAUCAACGAGUUGCAAUUGUUGCACAUGGAAAUAAUGCACAAUAUGUGCCUAUGAAACGAUUAGGCCGAAUCGAAGCAGAUUAUGUUUUAUUAGCCUCCGGCGUUAUAGUUGCAGCUUGUAUUUGUGUACAUGGAGAAGACUUUGUUGGCACUGUGUUAAUAACAUUACAAAAAACAACUGGUAUACCUGUUGACUCAAUAAGGGAUUUUUAUGUUGGAAUAUACCAAACUAUACAAGACCAUGAAGUUGCUGUGAGUUUUUGUCUUCUUUUUAAUUUUAUUUUUCUCAUUUUUAACUUUUAGCAUCCCCUAGAAACGUCUGAUUUGAGAAGAAAUCUUUAACUUUUAAAAAAAAUUUUUUCGAAUAUUGAAGUGAAUAAUUUAAACAUUUUUUUGUGUUAUUUAAACUAGUGACAGAGUUACCCUUAAAUUUUGAUUUAAAUUUUUGUUUUGCUGUACAAAUUGAUACAUUAUUUUCAAUUUUUCUCACUUUUACAUUUUGAAUAAAUG